GAUAAUAGCCCUGCCCGUGCGUUUGGAUAAGAAUGUGGCUAUGGAUAUAAACAUGGAUAUGCAUGCGCAUGCGUACCUGUGCGUCUGCAUUACUACUACUGGCUAUACGAUUAGAAUCAGCUGCCAGCCGACAGCCAACAGCAGUUAUCUUCAAGACACAAUUCUGUAUAUCAAUGUUGGUUUAUGCCUCAGCCCCAGCCUCAGUCGCGGGUGCGUGAGUGUGCGCGUGCUGUGACGGCAGCAACAGCAGCAGCAGCGGGCACGGCAACCGGCGCAUUUCAAUUAACAAAAUAAGCAAAGCUCGCAAAAUCAACAUAAUAGAUACAUAAUUGGCUAACAGGCCGCAGCCCGAUUGCGACCCUAAAGCUACCUUGUGCCGUAGUGCUGGCCAAAAAAUUCGACCACUUUUCGCGCACAUUUUUGCACGUGCUCUGUUUGGCGGGUGUUUGACAGCACAGCUCCAAAAGCUUCAACAGCUCCAACAGCUCGAAGCCCAGCAACAGGUAGCCAUGUCUAAUGCGGAGACACGGACGGAGCAGUCAAUAGCCGCAGCAGAGGUCCAACAACUGCUACGUGAAAUCGACGUGGAGAGCACCUCUAUGCCAAAGACGGACGAGGCUCGCUGGCUAUACGAUGAUCACAGAUGGUUCCCAAAUCGCACAAAGUCCGCUUCAAAGGCCAGCGAAUUACCAUUCAGGGAGCCGGAGAGCCAGCACCAACUGGAGGGCCUGAAUGAAUUCUUAAGAGACCCAGUCGCCGACCUCGACGACAAUGUCCUGCGAUACUCCUUCAAAGGCAAGCCGCCGGAGGUCUACUCAUCCAAAAAGGAAUUCAUCUAUACGCCCGCGCUGGUCGACAAACAGCUCGUGCUGAAGAAGACUUGCGAGUGGUGGUUCUACAAGCAUAAAUAUAUCCGCAACAUGUCUACACACUGGCGGCAGCACGCCGGCAUAUGGAUCAGCGUGGCCGCGCUGGGCCUGUUCGGAGUGGUUAUAUUCCUCAUUUGCGGUGCGCCCAGCGACAGCAGCACCACCAAAUUAUAUGAGAUACAAGAGCCCAAACAGUUUUUCAACGAUACGAUUACUGUCAACUGGAGCGAUGAAAGCGAUAUUGAAAGCGACAACGAAUUUGGCAGCAUCCAGGACAUUGGCGAUGACAAUCUAAGUGCCUUUGUUACGCCUACCAAGAUACACAACUUUAGUCUUAAUGCCGAGGAUUUGCUAUACGAAUCGAAGCGACACAGCGACAGCAGCAGCAACAGUAACAGCAACAGCAGCCAUAGGGAUGCGACCUCCGCCUUCAGCAUGACGGGUACAUUCCGCACCAAGUCUAGCCAGAUUUGGGAUCCACAUCCGGAGUAUGUGCUUCAGAUAUUUGGCCAAGAGCUGCAUCUUGUGCUGCAUCAGGAUACCUCCUUCAUACCGUCAAACACGUUUCGGGUCAUACGCAUACUCAAAAACCGGACCGAGGAGUCGGUUCAUGAGAGCGAGGGCCACUUUUUGGGCUGCUAUUAUAAAGGCUAUGUUGAAGGCGACAACCUAUCAGCGGUCGCCGUCUCUCUCUGCAGCGGCAUGACUGGUUAUAUAAAAACCCGUUUUGGCACGAUGCUCAUUCAGCCGGUCAACCAGACGGACGGCGACCAGAUCUUGCAUCGUGUCUGGCGGCACUCGCAGCGCAAUCCUAGACAUGCUGUCUCCGACUUGGAUCUGGAGCUUGAGGCAAUCGAUCUGGCGGAGAGCAUGCGACCACGUUUGACGCGGCGCAAGCGUCACUUUCUCAAUUUGGGCAACCAGGUUUACACGCUUGAGGUGCUCAUUGCCGUCGAUGCCAGCAUGGUGGAGUUCCAUAAGGAGGAUCUCACCGCCUACAUUCUCACACUUUUAUCGAUUGUAUCGAACAUAUUUGCGGAUGCCAGCAUCGGCAACUCCAUACGCAUUUCGUUGCUGAAUCUACUGAUGCUGCGCGACAGGGUACCCAACGAAAAAAGGGGCUCCAACGAGAAACUCAAGCAUUUCUGCUCGUACCUAUCCAAAGAGGGCUAUCAUUAUGACACAGCCAUGCUAAUCACUCGCGAUCAGAUUUGCAGCAAUGAACGCGAGGAACGCUGCAGUACUCUAGGCUUGGCUGAAUUGGGUACCGUUUGUAAGGCGCGCUCCUGCUCCAUUGUGCAGGACAAUGGGUUGCCCGCCGCAUUUACAAUUGCGCACGAGCUGGGUCACAUCUUGAACAUGCCACACGAUGAUGAUGAUCGUUGCAAGCCACACAAUGCCAAAUCUGGCAAGAAUCGAACACUACACAUUAUGUCCAGCGUCAUGGGCGACCAUAUGCAUCCAUGGUCAUGGUCGAAAUGCUCACAGCAUUAUGUCUCCGAGUUCCUCGAGAAAACUGACAAAUCCUGCCUGGAGAACACGCCAUCCUCGUACAUACCCAACCUGAACACGAAGCUGCCCGGUGAGAUUUACUCGCUGGACCACCAAUGCCAGCUGAUACAUGGCAACCAGAGUACCCACUGCUCCUUUGAGACAGAUUGCCGGAGGCUUUUCUGUAACGCCAACACACAUCCCAAUGACCUCUGCCGUUCCAGCAAUUUACCCUGGGCGGACGGCACGCCGUGCAAUAACAACAGAUUUUGGUGUCAGAAAGGUAUAUGCGUGCCACGCCUCGGUAGCUCCCUCCAAAUGGUCCACGGCGGUUGGGGUCCCUGGAGCGCAUUCACGCCCUGCAGCCUCACAUGUGGCGGCGGUGUGCAGGAAUCCCGGCGCGAGUGCAAUCAGCCAUUGCCCGAAAACGGUGGCAAGUACUGUUUAGGCAGCCGUAAGAAAUAUCGCUCCUGCAACACACACCCCUGCCCUCCCGGCACCGUGGAUCCACGCGAGCAGCAGUGCUACGAUAUGAACGGCAAGAACUUUAAGAUACCGGGCAUCAAGCCGGACUCAAAAUGGAUACCCAAAUAUGGACUGAACACACACGUAACGGACAAGUGCAAGUUGUACUGCCGCUUGGAGGACGAUAGCGCCUACUUUCUGCUGCAGGAAAUGGUCAAGGAUGGCACCACCUGCACCGUGGACAGCUUUGACAAGUGCGUCAAUGGCAUCUGCCGCCCAGCUGGCUGCGACAACGAGCUCAACUCCAUAGCCAAGCUUGAUAAAUGCGGUGUUUGCGAGGGCCGCAAUGAUACGUGCGAGGAAUUCACCGGAAACGUGUAUGUCUCCGAUUUGCUCAAGCAAAAGAAGCCCCCCCUAAGCCUAUACUAUGUCACGACAAUCCCAAAAGGUGCUUCCAACAUCGUUAUCACACAGCCUGGUUACCCUGAUCAGAACUACAUUGUUGUAAGCGAUGACAAGCACGUUGCUUUCCUGAACAGGGACAAGGUGGUCACACCUUAUGCCAAAACGUACUCCUACGGGGGCGUAACGCUGGAUUAUAAUGGCUCCAAUAGCACCAUAGAACGCGUAAACACCACCUACUCAUGGAAGCUGACGCGUGAUCUAAUAGUUGAGAUCAUCUCGAUAGACCUGAGUGCUGCCAAGAAUCAGAAUACCAUACUGAUAUCGUAUACGUACACCCUGGACAAGCCAAUUAUUGCGGAAGCGGAGGUGGAGAUCUAUCGCUGGCAAAUGCAAGCUUGGAGCAGUUGCGACUCACUCUGUCAAGGCACAAUGCAUCGCCAAGCAGCCUGCAUUAGCACAACGCAGGGCCUUAAGGUGGCGGCCCAGUACUGUGACGAGUCGGCUAUGCCAAAAGCAGAGUAUCGCAACUGCAACACGGACUGCAUCCUAACAUUGAACACGACGAGCAUUUCGGAGUGCUCCGCUGCUUGUGGAGAGCUGGGCACCCGGGAGAAGGCCUUCAAUUGUAUACAGACAUUCCCUGAUAUUCAGCGUCCGAAUAUCGUCGAUAUGUCCUAUUGUCAACUGAAGUUUGAGAUUGUACGCCACGAGCAAUGCCGCGAGGGUUGCUGGAAUUACACGGACUGGUCCACGUGCACCCAAACCUGUGGCACGGGCACCCAAGUACGCGAAGUGCGCUGCUAUCUGAACCACACGCCCGUCAGCAAUGAACUCUGUAAUCCACGAACCAAAUACGAACUGAACGAUCUGCUGCGCACCUGCAACAUGGAGCCCUGCCGCUAUUAUCCUGAAGUGACGAUAAACCAACGCUCUGUGAGCUCCUGGGUGACGGGUGAGUGGGGUCAGUGCAGCGAUUGGUGCAAGAUGAAUCGCACUGUGACCUGUUCACAUGCUUACGGCAGUCACUGUCCGGAGGAGAAGAUGCCAAAGGCGGUACGCAAUUGCUGUCACAUUAAAUACACCAGCGAAUGGGAACAGUGCUCGGUAGAAUGUGGCAUUGGCACAAAGAACAAGGUACAGCGUUGCGCCCGCGUCUAUAAGCCAGAGGUGCGGGGUGCGCCCAAGAAGCGAGUAUACAUUGACGACUCCUACUGCAAGAGGCUGAAGGUGCGAAAGCCAUUGCUGCGCAAGUCCACCAAGGUGUGCAAGAUCAACUGCAAGUGGGUCUUCUCCAAAUGGACGCGCUGCUCAAGCGACUGUGCGGAAGAGUAUCAGACGCGCUACGUGCGCUGCGAGGCGUGGCAGGGUAACAGCGUGAGCGAACGAUAUUGCGAUGCCAAGAAGCGGCCGAUCCAGCGAAAAAUAUGUGACAACUGUGUGCAACGGCGGUUUAAGGUGUUGAGUCCUUGCGACUGCACGGGCUACGAGCGGCGGCGCAUCUACUACUAUGACUCACAAGGGCGACAGGUUGCCGGCAGGCCGAAAGUGGAGAAGCACAAGUGCACACCGCCGCCCAGUUGCAGGCGACGGAGUGUCAGCAGCAAGGGCGUUACGAACAGUGUCCAGGUGUGGGGGCCACAGACCUGUGCCGAUCUGCAGCACAUGUAUCGCGUCUACAAGGAUGGCGAGUACACGCUGCAGGUGCACUCGCGGCAGGUGCGCAUCUAUUGCCACCAAAUGAACAGCCGAACGCCGCGAGAGUACAUCACUGUGGAGCCGCAGGAGAACUACUCCAUCUACUACGAGUACAAGACGCGACUAAUCGACAGUUGUCCGCCAACAUCACGUGACCACGAGUAUGCCAACGACCAAAACUCUGGACGAACGCACUUCAGCAAACUGCGGCUAAAUAUCAGUGAGAUGCGGAUUAUCGAGAACGACUUCGAAUUUGCUGAGUCACGAGGACAGCGACAGGCGCUUGGUUCUGCGGGUGAUUGCUACAAUCGCAACAUGAACUGCCCGCAGGGCGACUUCUCCAUCAGUCUGGAGCGCACGGGCUUUGCAAUGCGGCCGGGCACCGUUUGGAAUACCUAUGGCAGUCGAUCGAUCAUGCAGCGUGCUAGCGGGUUUGACACAUCGGCAACAUCGCGACGUGCGUUUUGCGGUGGGUUUUGCGGCCGGUGUCACAUAUCGCCCACGUCCGGACUCUAUGUGGAGGUUGUGUGAUGAUGCAGGCCGCCGACUGCUGCCCAUGCCGAUUGGGCCUGAUAAAUCCUUGGUGCUAUUUGUUGCGCAGCGAUUUCAUCGUAGCUCGGCUCCUGUGCAUUUAAACAGUUUGUUUCGCAGCCAGCUCCAUGAGAUCUUCCGGUUUGUGCGUCUCGUUGUGCACACGAGUCAACCGCACAAACCAUACAAAUUGAAUAGUAUUAAAACGAUUUACACGCACACGCACACUUACACAAACACAUACACACCCCCAUACACAUACACACAAUCACAUACACACACAUUCAUGCAGGCAAUGUAUAGUAAGCUAGGUAAAUUACUAACGAACUUUAGGGUAAAUAGCAAAGUAUUUUCGAAUCUCAGCCGGGUAUUUUUCAAACCUUAUUGUGCCAAAUGUGCAAUGCUCGUUGUCGAAAUGUUUAUUGAACUGAACCAAAGUGGUUGUCAAAUAUUUAGUUGUCCAAUUGGAGGAACAGAGAACUGCCAACAAAAACAGCAUAAAUUAAUUUGUUGUCCAAAAUCGAAAUUACAAGCAUAUUUCACCGCCAUUCAUAGAUUCAUAGGAUCUGUAUAUAGCUAACACUAGGCUACAAAAUUGAGCAAUUUUGCUAGUCUGGAAUAGCUACGAUA